UUUAAAUUAAAAUAAGCUCACAUCUGACAGUUCACAUAACCUUACAUUUUGCUCAUCUCUAGCACACAGACGCCCCAAAAUCGGUGAAUAUGCCGGUGCCCCUUUUAAAAGACUCUCAGAUGCAAUUUGGGGCCAUCACAUUUUUUGCAAAACAACACAAAGGUGAUACUUGCGGAAGUAACGGUCUUCCUCUAACUCCAAACUCUAUAAUUAUAAUUGGGAGGGCACAAAUUCUUAAAACAAUCAAAAAUCCGUAUUUGUGCCAAUAUUUAGAUAUAGUGAGGGGCAAACACGAACGGACAGUUGUCGUGUCCCAGUAUUGUGGUACCCCAUUGUCCGAUUAUAUCACAAAAGAACCGUUUGAUUACGACGAUAUUAGAAGGUUCGCGUAUCAAAUUUUGACCGCUUUGAAUUAUUUACAUGAACGCAAAAUCGUGCAUCGAAAUUUAAGCACGGAAAACAUUUUACUACAGAAAAACAAAGACAUUAAAUUAUUCAAUUACGGCCUUUUUCACAUGACUGGAUGUGGACAAUUAGUUUCAUUUCCAAUAAUGCAAAUUUUAUACAGUGCCCCUGAAAUAUACCUCGAUAGCCCCACUAGCACGCAUACUGACCCUAAGGCCGAUGUUUGGUCGGUUGGAAUUGUUUUAAUUGAAUUAAUUUUAAACAAAGUCUUGUGGCAAUCUUUGAAGUUGGGACAAAGAAUCCGAAAAAUUUUGAGUCUUGUUCAGUGCAACACUUCAGUUUUUGAGCGAAUUGCGCGCGAACACAACUGUUACGACAAAUACGAGAGUGUCCCCAACGAUUUGAGGGAAAUUGUAGAAGCCUGUCUCAAUAUUUACCCCCAAAACCGUCCAACAUGUUGCGAAUUACUCGCCAACCCCACUUUCCAGUCAUUUAAAUCCGAAAAACCGGUCAACAAGAGUCAAGUUUGCGACCCUUUCGAAAUAUUCACAAUUUGUGAAUUGUACCACUGGUGGCAGUUAGCCGGAGGUGACGUUUUCCAAGAAUUGAGAAAGCAAGGAUUGAUACGUUCAAGCCCCCCUAUUUUGUCACUCCCAAAUUUAGUGACAAUAGAGGGCACAACGUUGGGCCAAGAACGCAACCCUGCUACACUUUACGACCCCCGAAUCGUACAAAUGCCCCUCGACACACUCUACCAACGCUUCGCCCACAUUCCAUUGAAUUGUUUUUACCCCCUGAUUCACAGCACUUCGAAAAUAAUCGAAAGUGGGGUUCCCCCGGCUUAUGAUGCGACAGGUUUGCCUCUAGUAAUCAGAGAAAGGGACCCCGAGUACCAGUUUCACAGAGUUAUUCUCUUCCGGAGGCUUUUACACGGGUACCCCCAUACGAAAAACAUGAUCUUGAAGGAGGCCUCGAAUGACAUUCCUCCACUACUCAGGGGGGAGAUUUGGGCCGCUUUGCUUAACAUCAAAGGCGACUACGAACGCCAAUAUUUGAGGAUUGAUAAAGAAACAUCAACUACAACAGACCGUCAAAUCGAAGUGGAUAUUCCGCGUUGUCACCAAUACAACGAACUGCUCUCGUCGGCCGAAGGCCACAAGAAAUUAAAACGGAUUCUCAAAGCUUGGGUUUACCAAAACUCAAAUUACGUCUAUUGGCAAGGCUUGGAUUCCCUCACUGCCCCCUUUCUCUACUUGAACUUCAACAACGAAGCUAAAGCUUUUACAUGUUUGUCAGCUUUCAUCCCCAAAUAUUUGCACAAGUUUUUCCUCAAAGACAACUCGAUGGUGAUUCAGGAGUAUUUAGCUAAAUUCUCGCAACUGAUCGCGUUUCAUGACCCCCGUCUCGCCAAUCAUCUCCACGAAAUCAAUUUCUAUCCGGAAUUGUUCGCAAUUCCGUGGUUUUUGACCGUAUUUUCACACGUUUUUCCACUCUACAAAAUACUACAUUUGUGGGAUAAACUACUACUGGGGGACUCUUCCUUUCCGUUACAUAUCGGACUGUCGGUUUUGACACAGUUGAGGGACCGGUUACUCAAUUCAGGGUUCAAUGAAUGCAUUUUGCUGUUUUCGGAUUUACCGGAAGUCGAUAUCGAAAAAUGUGUCUCCUACUCAACUGCGACGUUUCAAUCGACUCCUAAAAGUAUAACAGCGAGGGAACACCAAAACGGGAAAUAUCACCCCAGGAAUGAACUUGAUAUAAGCAAUGUCAGUUUGCAGGAGUUAAACCGGGAAAGGUGUCCGCGAAUCAGUGCUUCCGAUUUUGUCGAUUUGGUCAGACUCGACCCGGAAAAAAUCCUAAUAAUUGACAUCCGGAAUCCAAUACAAUUUAAUCGCUCUUCAGUCGUCAAUAGCGUAAAUAUUCCGUUUUCCAGUGUAACUUUCGGCGAACCCAGUCUUGAAAAUGUGGGUCAACACAGCACAACAAUAAAAAAUAGCGGAAACAAAAUAAUUGUAGUUGUGGGUAACGAAGAAACCGAUUUGGAAUUGUUCCCCAAAUUCUUGCUCAAAUGUUGUGUGAGUAAAGUGUGUGUCUUGCACGGGGGCUUCAGUCUUUUGUCGACUAUUACACCGUCGAUUUUAAUCUCACAAUCGAAUCUGAUCAAUUAAUUACGUCACUUGCAUUUCUAUUUAUAUCAUGUUUCCAUGUUAUUUACGUUUAUAAUAAAUGUUAUUACGAGUUA